UCGCUGAGCUUAAUAUAAUACCAGACGAAAUUCACAGUAACGAGAUAUCGUGACACAUUGACGCCUAAUCACCGGCGAAGGGGGAGGUGGUCCAGAAUUAGUUAAUUCAAUGAUUGUGGCCAGUCCCUAUGCGUCGGCCGAGUGCUGCCCAAACUUGAAUAACAAAAAAAACACAGUAGGUACGGUCAUCCAACGACGAUCUUUUUUUGGGUAACUCACACACCUUGAAUUGGAUUUCUAAUGAAAAUGCAGACUUUGGUGGCAUGCGCGUUUGUAGCGCUUUCUUGCAUAACAGCGCUUUCAGCGCUUCAGAUGACAGACGUCCAACUGGAGAGAACACUAGCCGACCGGGGGACGAUGCAGCGCCACAUCCGAUGUGCGCUAGGAGAGGGGCCGUGCGAUCCAGUUGGAAUUAGACUACGAACGCUCGCGCCACUCGUCCUUCGCGGCGCGUGUCCACAAUGUUCCGCGCAAGAGACCCGUCAAAUUCGUCGUACCCUCGCUUUCGUCCAGCGGAACUACCCGUGGGAGUGGGCGAAAAUCGUUAUCUACAUAUUAGUGUUGUGCACUCUAGCGGCUACUUACGCGGCAGAGACUCCGAGGCCCGCGGUGUCAGACACUGCUCUAGAAGACGCCCUCAAUGACAAGCGGUUCAUACAGAGACAACUCAAAUGCGCCCUUGGAGAGGCGCCGUGUGAUCCUAUUGGAAAACGCUUAAAGACUCUUGCACCACUGGUACUGCGAGGUGCGUGCCCCCAAUGUUCCCCACAAGAGACAAGACAGAUCCAACGCACGCUCUCGUACGUCCAGCGAAACUUCCCGCAACAGUGGGCGAAGAUCGUACGGCAAUAUUCCGGUUAACAUUGUAUAAAUAGAUGUUGGACUAUAUUAUAAUUAAUAAAUUAUGCUAAAGUAGUAUAAGGAUAAAAAAAUUCAAUCUUAGACUAAGGGCGACAUCUAUAGAGCGCACUCUGACUUUGCUCAGACUUAAAACGAGACAUAUGUAUAUAAUCUCUUGCUAGAAUACGUCUCGUUUUAACUCAACUUAGAUCUGAGCAAAGUCAAAUUACGCUCUGUAAAUCUCACACUAAAAUACUGAAAUCUAUAGAGCGCACUUUGACUUUGCUUAGAUUUAAGUUUCAGUUAAAACGAGACAGAUUUAUGCCAGCGGUAUAAUGCUAUCUCGUUUUAAGUCUGAGCUAAGCCAAAGUGGGCCCUAAAGAUCUCAACCUAAGAUCUAUAAUAGAGCUAUACUUUCCUCAAACUUGGCAUAAAUCUGUCUUGUUUUAACUAAAACUUAGGUCUGAGCAAAGUCAAAUUACGCUCUAUAGGUCUCAGGGGGUUAGUCAAUAAAUAUUGUGAACAUUAUGGCUUUGACCUACCUACUGUACCCAAUACCCAUUAGGCAAAUAUAGUUUUCUCUUGUUUGCCCACACAGUUGUAAUUAUCUGUGGCAUGGGGCGUGCCCCUGGCAUGCUAUAUAUAUAUAUCUAGUAAUUAUUAUCUAGGUAAUGGUACUCAAUAUUUUUCCAGUUAACUAUUGGUUCGCGAUUCUGGUUCGUGAUAUUAUUCGAUUAUUAUCGAACUCGUGCAACACUUACUAUGACAGCGCGGACGUCCACCCCUCACCUUAUGUACCUACCUACUACGAUUGCCAUCUCGACCUAUCGCGAACAAUAGGUACCUAUAUUGAUUGGAGGAUCCAGAUCCAAAUAUUUAGGUAUCGCCAUCUAGAUUACGAAUCACGAUAAACUGUAGCACGUCUGUCACUAUUCACUUGCUCGUCUCGUUACCAUGUAAAUUAGACAAAAUGUAAAUACCUAUCUAUCAUGCAUGCCCAUUACCCAUUUAGCGAUUUGAGAAAUACAAAAUUUGUAAAUAUUUUAAAAUAAGAAUUAAAUUAUACAUAGGUACCUACAUUAGCUAUUGUAGGAUUAAUCUAAAAAUGUACCUAUUAACUAUGUAGGUAUAUAAAAAAAAAUUAUUGGAAGUUAUACCUACUUAUAUACUUGCAUAUUUAUUUUCUUAGUGAAUUUUGAUCUACCUAAGUACUUAUCUUAUAUCUAUUUAAACUUUACCUAGGUACCUAUCUGCAAUGCAUUUCUUUUUAUGUGCUACUUGUGAUUUAAUAAAAACCAAAAAUAAAAGUGCUUACC